AUGCCGCCGCCCGGGCAGGAGCGGGUGGUGCCGGUGCUGGGCGCGCGCUGCAGAACCCUCUACCCCUUCUCCGGGGAGCGGCACCGACACGGGCUGCGCUUCGCCGCGGGGGAGCUGCUCACCGUCCUACAGGCGGGGCCCGACGGCGGCUGGUGGGAAGGGGAGACCGCCGAAGGGCUCAGGGGCUGGUUCCCGGCCAGCUACGUCCAGCUGAUCGAGAAACCUAGGAAGGUCAUUCCUCAAGUAGGAGAAGACUCUCAAAAUGGCCAUCUCCCACCCGGCUGGCAGAGUUAUAUGUCCCCCCAGGGACGAAGAUACUACGUGAACACCUACACCAAUGAGACGACUUGGGAGCGGCCAAGCAGUGUUCCUGGGACCCCAAAGAGCCCUGUGACCCAGAAGAAUUCCUUGCCUACAGUGAAUGGCUAUCACAUACCAGGAACUCUGGUACCUCAACUAGAACCAAGCCACAUGAGUCUCCGCAGAGUCGGCAGUGACACCCAGAGUCCUGGGUCCCCAUCACCUACUCGAAAGCAGAACAAGGAGACCACCUUUACGAUAAACUGCGUGACUUUCCCCCAUCCUGACGCAAUGCCAGAACAGCAGUUGCUGAAACCUUCUGAAUGGAGCUACUGUGAUUAUUUCUGGACUGAUAAGAAGGAUCCUCAAGGAAACAGUACGGUCUCGGGAUUCGAAAUCCUUCUACAGAAACAACUGAAAGGAAAGCAAAUGCAGAAAGAAAUGGCAGAGUUUAUUCGAGAAAGGAUAAAAAUUGAAGAAGAAUAUGCCAAGAACUUGUCCAAAUUAUCACAAAACUCCCUGGCUGCCCAGGAAGAAGGGACACUUGGAGAGGCUUGGUCUCAGCUGAAGAAAAGCCUGGCUGAUGAAGCAGAGGUUCAUCUCAAGUUUUCCUCCAAGCUCCAGGCGGAGGUGGAGAAGCCCUUGCUCAACUUCAGAGAAAACUUCAAGAAAGACAUGAAGAAGUAUGACCAUCACAUUGCUGAUUUGCGGAAACAGCUGGUUAGUCGGUACGCAGCGGUAGAAAAGGCCCGGAAAGCAUUAACAGAGAGGCAAAAGGAUUUAGAGAUGAAAACACAGCAGUUGGAGAUAAAACUCAGCAACAAGACAGAAGAAGAAAUUAAGAAAGCCAGGAGGAAGUCUACUCAAGCUGGAGAUGAUCUCAUGCGCUGUGUGGAUCUAUAUAACCAAGCUCAGUCGAAAUGGUUUGAAGAAAUGGUGACCACCUCUCUGGAACUUGAAAGGCUAGAGGUGGAGAGAGUGGAGAUGAUUCGGCAGCACCUUUGCCAAUAUACCCAGUUGAGGCACGAGACAGACAUGUUCAACCAAAGUACAGUAGAACCUGUGGAUCAGUUGCUUCAGAAAGUGGAUCCAGCCAAAGACAGGGAACUGUGGGUAAAAGAACACAAAACCGGUGAUAUCAGACCUGUGGACAUGGAGAUAUAGACUGCUGUUCCUGGCUGUAAGUCAUGGGCUUCUUGGCUCAGCCGCGUUCGAGGGAGUUCUGUGAAACCUCAAGAGAAGAGGGGCCAGAGAGACGUUCCGCUGUCAGCUUCCUUAUAUAUUUAUUAUUGCCUGUAGGGACGAUUUCUGUCAUGUUCGAUCAUUAUUUCAUUUCCUACUGUGCUAUGCCUUAAACAUCCAACAUUCCAGGGUUGAGAAGCCGCUCUUUUUACUUCCUUUCAAAACAGGCACCCAGCAGCCAAGCAUGCGCCGCUCUUGUGAUGAACUGCCGGGCCUGUUUUCUGGUACAAAAGAGAGUUUUGUUAUUCUGUGAUUAACUAUUUUGUGCUACUCCCCUCGCAUGAUGCUCUGUUUUGUACAGUAAUGUUAAGACACAAUAAGCCUCUGCCAAACUUACAGUGAAUUUGAAUGUGACUCUGGAACAUUGCCACUUAAUUUGAUGGGAGUGGGGAGAGGGUGGUGUAAACACUCCCUGCCCGCCCCCUACACUUUAUGAAAUGGAGUUCAAAAUGCAUUGCCUACCUCGCAGGGGUGUUGUGAGGAUAACAAUGAAAUCUAUACAAUACUAUUUUUUUUAACAAAUCUUGGCUCCCAUAACUGCAAAUGCUGAUGUGAGGCUGUAAAGGAAAAUGAGGUAAUGGGUUGGGAGACAGUAAACCCAAAGGAUAUCUGGUUGGGUUGGCCCUUUUUUAUACACCCUCUCAGGUAUUCACUGGCUUCAAUCCUCAAGCCACUUGAGGUCCUGUUUAAUUAUCCAGGGAUGACUGCUGAGGAAGUGAUCUAAGAAUUGCAACCAUUGCCCUCUGGCAGAAAAGAAAUGCCCUCUGUUGAAUAGAUUUUAAGGCCACACUGGUUAGGGCCCUGGCAUACAACAUGUACUCUUUGAAGAACUUUUGACUGCUUCCCUUGGAAGACUGUAACCAAAUCAAAUUGAUCAAAACAUAGCUCAGUCUUUACUUCCCAUCAAAUAAGUUACCAUUUAUAGACUAUAGAGGGCAGGACAUCCUAGCCAAUGUGUCUUACCUCAAAACCAAUUUCCCCAAAAGUCAGAUUUAUUGAAUUGCUCUUUUCUCGUGAUUCAAAGAUCCGGGCAUUGAUGCCACAGCCAGAUUCAAGCAGAACCUGGUCUUUUGGGAAGACUUAACAUGACUUUGGCCUUGGAGCUCCCAUGGCAGCCAUUUUAAAGAGUUUCAUUUUAUGAUACUUUCACAAGACUGAGUUCCAUGUAGCUCUCAACAUAGGGUGGUGCCAGAUAUCACCAGAAGUGAGUUAGAAAUAACUGUAUAAUCCCAGCCAAAGAUGCGUUAGAGAGCUAGAUAUUUUCUGAAGUGCAGCUAUUUCACUGAAUUUACGAUUGGCCCACAAGGCCUUGACAAUGGAUCCUGAGCUCCCGUAUGUUGAGAGCUGUUGGAGGAGAACCACAGUGUUCUUCAUCCCCACCCCUUCCUUUCUUCAUUUGUCUUAGUCUUGCCUUGGUGUUUAUAUAGAACAAAUAUUUACUGUGAGUUAUCAGAUCUCUUCAUUUUUUGUACUGCCAAGUGUUUUGUUUGAUCAGCUGUCAUAAGCAAACGUGAGGAGCAGAUAGGCCCUUAUUUCUUGCAUUUUCUGAAUUCUUUUUCUGCAGUGCAUUCAUCAAUACUAUGACCAGAUUUCUCAACAUCACCAUAUAAGUCAUAACCCUUUCCAUUUCCAAAGUAAUGUUAUUAGUUUAAGUUUUGAAUGAGGAUAAGUGUUGCAGAUAAGCUCACACAGCUUGUUGGUUGGGGGUGGGGGGUGGAGAAGGACAGGUACGUUUUGCUUGCUUCUUUGAUACUUGCAAUGAAAGAAGCCAUGAAGGCAAGCUAUUCCAAUUAGUUCCAACACCAGCUUUACCUCAUUUGAUUAUUCUUAUCUACCUGUCUUUACUACCCUUCUUCAGCUUGAUUUACUAUGCACAA